CAGGAACGUCUGACCCACAUUCUCUCUCUUCCGCUUCUCUUAUUUCUUUCCUCUAAAAAAAAUCCCAAGAAGAAAGAGAACAACCUUUUCUCCUUGCAACCCUCAAUUGGGUUGUGCUUACAUUUGUUCUUGGAAGAUUGUUUUUCACACCUGUUCAUAAAUCCUCUGUUUCUUCCCUCGCCAUUCGUCGUUGACCUUAACUCAUUGGCUCCCUCUCUUAGUGAAUUCUUCUUCGUUGCUGCUACGAAUCAAGAUUUGGGAAAUUCGUGAGGAACCCAGAAAGGAAUUUUGGGAUUUGGGUGGAAGUUUUUGUGGGAUUGGGAAUUUACAUCGCGAGCUGAGCUGUAAAUUGCACUGUUUCUGAAGCUGUGCAUAUAACCCGAGAAGGGAUUUUAUUUGAGUGGAGAAUCUCUUUGUAGCAUUUUAUUUCAGGCUUUAAAAGUUCUUUAUUCUUCUUCCCUUUUGGUCUUUGGACCAUAUACGGCUCAAUCGAAUAUGGGGGAAUGAGAUUUGAUUCCUUAUGCAGAAAGGUGUAUGUCUUUUUAGUGAUAGAAGGGUUCUUUGAGAUGGGUUUCUUUCUGGGUUGAAGAAGAACUGGUUAGAAUAUCCAUUGCACUAGCCAUUAGAGUGUUGAAUAGCCUUAGAUAAGAGAGGUUUUUUGUUUUUGUUUUUGUUUAUUGAUAUAUCGAACCUGAAGAUGGCUGCGAAGCUUCUGCAUUCUUUAGCUGAUGAAAAUCCAGAUCUGCAGAAGCAAUUAGGAUGCAUGACUGGGAUUUUGCAGUUGUUUGAUCGUCAGCAUAUACUGGAUGGAAGACAUAUGAAGCACAAGCGCCUCCCUCCUGGCACUUCUCAUCUAGAUAUUGGUAGCACAGGAAAAGAGUACAAUGUCUUACAGAGAGAUGCUACGGUUAUGUCCCUAAAUGAGAGUUUCAAUGAGAAACAAAGGUUUAAUAAAGAAUUAUCAAGAGCUUCUUUCUCUUCUUGCUCAUCUUCCUUAUCCUCUAGUGAGUACAACAAAACAGCUCCAUCGCAAGCUUCGUCAUUCGAUCAGAUACUCUUAUCAAGAACGCCCUCAAGGGAUUCCGUAGCAAACCAGUCAAAUACCUCUCCUCGUGUCGGGAAGCAACAUCUUGAUCUUCGAGAUGUUGUGAAGGAUUCUAUGUAUAGGGAAGCCAGAACGUUAUCAGUCAAAACGCCUACUAAUGAGGAACUACUGAGUCGUUCUAUGAAGCAUAGAGACUCUCCAAGGCCUUCACAGCUAUCCCAAUCUGCAGAUGGGGCUUGUAAGGUUGAUACAAAUUGGAAACAAAAGAUGCCUACUGAUCUAAAGGAGUCUCUUCUAGUUCUUGCUAAGCUUCGAGAUGCACCAUGGUAUUAUAAUGAAGCCAUAGAGCACGAACGACCAUUUCAUGAAGUGAAAAAUGGAUCUUUGCCAUCAUUCUCGAGAGAUGCUCCUCGGUUUUCUUGUGAUGGGAGAGAGGUUGAUAGAUUGUCCUUUGAAUCACGAGAUACCAUUCGAUCAGCUCCAAAAUUUAAAGACUUUCCAAGACUCUCAUUGGACAGCAGGGAGAGUUCAAUUCAGGAUUCCAAAUCUGUGUCAAACUCUAUUAGACUUUCAAAGAACUUGCACAGUAGCGACCCUUCUGAUCCUCCAAAACCGUCAGGAUCUCGAAAGCAUCCUCCUAGUGUCGUGGCUAAGUUAAUGGGAUUAGAAGCACUUCCAGGUUCACCUUUGGCUAGUGAUACUCAAGUUAAAGGUGACCCUUUUGUUAGCUCAUUGGAUGGCACAAGCUCUAUCAGGCCAAUUAGAACUUGUGACUCUCCUCGGAACACAUUGAAAGGCCCGACUUCACCACGAUGGAAGAAUCCUGAUUUAGUCAUGAAACCUAUACCAAAUUCGAAGUUUCCAGUAGAAGUUGCGCCGUGGAGGCAGCCAGAUGGAGGUCGAGCCUCUCACAAACGUACUCUAAAGCAUGCUAGAGGAUUAGCUGCAUCGUCUGAUCACUUUCCUUCUGUUUAUAGCGAAAUCGAAAAAAGAUUGGAAGACUUGGAGUUUAAACAUUCAGGGAAAGAUCUUAGAGCACUAAAACAGAUCCUUGAUGCUAUGCAACCAAAGGGGCUUUUGGAUACUAGAAAUGAGGAGGAACCUUCUAACAGUGGAACUCAAAGAGACAACGAACCAAAACAGGAUAGCGCUAGCGUUAAUUCUAGGUUGAUCAACGAACAAAGUCGGAAAAAGAACCAAAAGGCUGCAACAACUAGCAGGCCUGAUUCUUCUAGGUGUAGGGAAUCUCCUAUUGUAAUCAUGAAACCAGCAAAACUUGUAGAAAAAUCUGGAAUUCCAGCUUCAUCUGUUAUUCGAAUCGACGGUCUUCCUGGUUUCCCCAAGCUUGAGAAAGCUUCACAUGGAAAAAGGAACACCAAUGGUAGCCGAGCAAUUAAAGAUACGUCGCCUGAAACUAGUCACAAGGACUCCGGGGCGAGUUCCACCAAAAAGAAAGACGAUGCAAAAAAUGUAAGACCAACGCAUUCUUCUUCAAAGCCUCAACAAAACACCAUUAGUUCAAUAAAAACCUCAGGGUCUGUGAGCCCAAGACUGCAACCGAAGAAGGUUGAGCAAGACAAACGAUCUCGACCACCAACUCCUCCAUCCGACACAAAUAAAACUAGAUGGAAAUCCAACCGAAAAGGAACCGAUUCAGGUUCUCCCGUUGGAAAACCGAGAGUGAAACCUUCCCAUGUCUGCCAAAUGGAUGACCAAUCGAGUGAAAUAAGCAACGAGUCGAGAACUUUGAGUAACCAGGGUGAUGACAUAUCUCAACUAUCUGAUAGUAAUUUAUCCUUGGACUCAAAGACAGAUAUUGAAGUCACCAGCAGUGAGCUUCCUUCUGACAUAAAUGGCAGCCAUAUUUUACAAAUGAAGAUUUCAAAGAACUCGGAUUCUUGCUUAACGGAAAACGCAGAACUUGCUACACCUGCUCCUGAACAUCCUAGUCCGAUCUCCAUUCUUGAUGCUUCUAUAUAUAGAGACAACGAACCGUCCCCGUCUCCGUCUUCUGUUAAGCAGACAAAAACCCUCAAAGGCAAUAGGGAGUUGGGCUCUGGAAAUUGUGGUGAAUAUCAAUGGAGUGCCACAGAUAACAGUGUGGAGCCUGGUCUUAGCACAGAAAUCAACCGCAAGAAAUUGCAAAACAUUGACAACUUGGUUCAGAAGCUCAGGCGCCUGAACUCUCACUAUGAUGAAGCCAAAACAGAUUACAUUGCAUCAUUAUGUGAGAAUACUGACCCAGAUAACAGAUACAUAUCUGAAAUAUUGUUAGCUUCUGGCCUCUUACUUCGGGACCUUGGCUCGGGCUUGGCAACAUUUCAACUCCAUCCAUCUGGUCAUCCAAUCAACCCCGAGUUGUUCUUCGUUUUGGAACAAACCAAGACAGGCAGUUUGCUAAGAAAAGAUGACUGCAGCUCUCAUAAAGUUACAGAUUCAAAACUGAGCCAGGAAAAAGCUCACCGUAAACUCAUUUUUGAUGUUGUUAAUGAGUUUCUUGCCAGGAAGUUGUCUGUUGUUGCUGCAUCAACUGAGCCUUGGACAACAUCCAGAAAACUAGCGACUAAAACUCUUAGUGCUCAAAAGCUUUUGAAGGAGCUAUGUUCCGAAAUAGAACAGCUUCAAACCAAGAAACCCGAAUGCAACAUCGAGGACGAUGGUUUGAAAAACAUCUUAAAGGAGGAUGUGAUGCAAAGAUCUGAGAGUUGGACUGAUUUCUAUGGCGACAUCUCCAACGUCGUCUUAGACGCUGAAAGAUUGAUCUUCAAAGAUUUAGUCGACGAAAUCGUGUAUGUUGGGGCUGCUCAUUUGCGCGCCAAGUCAGGCAGACGAAGACAGUUGUUUACCUGAUUUAUAGUUUCUUCUUUAGCUUUCAUAGUGAGUGAUGAAACUUCCAUUUUUUCUAUAAUAUAUAUCAUUGUGACUGGGAAUUAAGAAGUGUUGUAAAGAUGGUUGCAAGCUUUCAAACCAUGAACAUUCUUGUUAUGAAUCAAUAUAUGAAAAGAUCUGAAUGAUUCUGAAAGUUGGUUC